ACAAGUAGGUCUCUCGUUAACCUCUCCCGAGUCGCCUCCCCACUCCCGCGAAUCCCCAAUCUUACCAAGCACAAGCCCCAAUCACUCGCCGCCGCCGCCGCGAUGUCUCGCCGCUACGACAGCCGCACGACGAUCUUCUCGCCGGAGGGUCGGCUGUACCAGGUGGAGUACGCGAUGGAGGCGAUCGGCAACGCCGGCUCCGCGCUCGGCGUCCUGGCCGCCGACGGCGUGGUCCUCGUCGGCGAGAAGAAGGUCACCUCCAAGCUCCUCCAGACCUCCCGCUCCGCCGAGAAGAUGUACAAGAUCGACUCCCACCUCGCCUGCGCCGUCGCCGGGAUCAUGUCCGACGCCAACAUCCUCACCAACACCGCCCGCCUCCACGCCCAGCGCUACGCCCUCGCCUACCAGGAGCCGAUCCCCGUCGAGCAGCUCGUCCAGUCCCUCUGCGACACCAAGCAGGGGUACACCCAGUUCGGAGGCCUCCGCCCCUUCGGCGUCUCCUUCCUCUUCGCCGGAUGGGACAAGCACCACGGAUUCCAGCUCUACAUGAGCGACCCAUCCGGCAACUACGGCGGUUGGAAGGCGGCCGCCGUCGGCGCCAACAGCCAGGCCGCGCAGUCCAUGCUCAAGCAGGACUACCGCGAUGGCCUGACCCGCGAGGAGGCCGUCGCCCUCGCGCUCAAGGUCCUCAGCAAGACCAUGGACUCCACCAGCUUGACUGCCGAGAAGCUGGAGCUGGCCGAGGUGUUCCUGCAGCCCGGCACUGGGGAGGUGCAGUAUCAGGUGUGCUCCCCUGAGGCGCUGGGGAAGCUCCUUGCCAAGGCCGGGCUUACGCAGCCCGCACCCGAGGCAUGAUGUGCUGGUUUGAUGUGGCUUGCGAUGCCUACACCUCUUAGAUAUGGUUUAUGCAGUUAUGCUUCUGUUAUCUGAAUUAAAAUAUUCGACAAUUAUGCCUUCUAAUUUUCUGUUGAGCAUGCUUGAUUGGUUAAUGUUUCAUCUGUAACAGUGGAUUGCCUUGAAAUUGUUGGAAAUUGUGGUUUC